GCCGCGGGAGGCCGGAGCCGCGGCCCGAGUGUCCCCUCCUCCCUUUGUGUCCAGGGGCGGGGUUCCCCGGAAGGGGACCCUGCAGGCUGUGGGGGGCGGGGGCCGGAGUCUGGCUUCCCUGUACCUGGAGGUGGGAAGGCCCAGGUGAGGCACCUGUGGGGCUCGGAGGCGCCUGGGGGGCGCUGGGCACUUGCAGGGGCUGCGCCCUUGGCUGUGCGCCCCUCUUGGGUAGCCCCCAUUGCCACUGUCUCCACCCGCCAGUAAGACCUCGGAUCCAAGGCUUGGCUCAUGAUUGACAGUUCAGAGAGAGAAAAAGUUGAGGGAGGAUGGAUGCAAAAGCUCGAAACUGUUUAUUACAACACAGAGAAGCUCUGGCCAAGGACAUCAAGACAUCCUGCAUCAUGGAUCACAUGAUUAGCGAUGGCGUUUUAACACUGUUGGAGGAGGAAAAAGUGAAAAAUGAGCUCACUCAGCGUCAACGAGCAGCUAUGCUAAUUCAAAUUAUACUUAAAAAAGAUAAUAAUUCCUAUAUAUCAUUCUACAAUGCUCUACUUUGUGAAGGGUAUAAAGAUCUUGCUGCCCUUCUCUGCAGUGGUAUUCCUGCUGUCACUUCUUCCAGUAGCAAAGAUAUAGCUGGUGGAAUGACUUCCUAUGUAAGGACAGUGCUGCGUGAAGGUGGGGUACCCCAGAGGCCGGUUGUCUUUGUUACAAGGAAGAAGCUGGUGAAUGCAAUUCAGCAGAAGCUGUUCAAGUUGAAUGGUGAACCGGGCUGGGUCACCAUAUAUGGAAUGGCAGGAUGUGGCAAGUCUGUAUUAGCUGCGGAAGCUGUUCGAGAUCAUUCUCUCUUAGAAGACUGUUUCCCAGGAGGAGUGCAUUGGGUUUCAGUUGGGCAGCAGGAUAAAUCUCAGCUUCUAAUGAAGCUACAGAAUCUUUGCACGCGAUUGGAUCAGGGCGACAGUUUGUUCCAGAGGCUUCCACUUAACAUUGAAGAGGCUAAAGACCGUCUCCGCUUUCUGAUGCUGCACAAACACCCAAGGUCUCUGUUGAUCUUGGAUGAUGUUUGGGAUCCUUGGGUGUUAAAAGCUUUUGACAAUCAAUGUCAGAUUCUUCUUACAACCAGAGAUAAGAGUGUUACAGAUUCAGUGAUGGGUCCUAAAUAUGUAGUUGCUGUGGAGAGUGGCCUAGGAACAGAAAAAGGACUUGAAAUUUUAUCCCUAUUUGUUAAUAUGAAGAAAACAGAUUUGCCAGAACAGGCUCAUAGUAUUAUAAAAGAAUGUAAAGGUUCGCCUCUUGUAGUGUCUUUAAUUGGUGCACUUUUACGUGAUUUUCCCAACCGCUGGGAGUAUUACCUCAGGCAGCUUCAGAAUAAGCAGUUUAAGAGAAUAAGGAAGUCUUCAUCUUACGAUUAUGAAGCUCUCGAUGAAGCCAUGUCCAUAAGUGUUGAUGUGCUCAGAGAAGACAUCAAGGAUUAUUACACAGAUCUUUCCAUCUUCCAGAAGGGUGUUAAGGUGCCUACAAAGGUGUUAUGUAUUCUGUGGGACAUGGAAACUGAAGAAGUGGAAGACAUACUGCAGGAGUUUGUUAAUAAAUCUCUCUUAUUUUGCGAUCGGAAUGGAAAGUCAUUUUGUUAUUAUUUACAUGAUCUGCAAGUGGACUUUCUUACAGAGAAAAAUCGUGGCCAGCUUCAGGAUCUGCAUAAAAAGAUGGUCACUCAGUUCCAGAGGUGUCGGCAGCCGUGCACUCUGUCCCCGGAUCAGGAGGACUGCAUGUACUGGUACAACUUUCUGGCCUACCACAUGGCCAGUGCCAACAUGCAUAAAGAACUUUCUGCUUUAAUGUUUUCUCUGAAUUGGAUCAAAGCAAAAACAGAACUUGUUGGCCCUGCUCAUCUGAUCCACGAAUUUGUGGAAUACAGGCAUAUAUUGGAUGAAAAGAACUGCGCAGUCUGUGAAAAUUUUCAGGAGUUUUUAUCUUUAAAUGGACACCUUCUUGGACGACAACCAUUUCCUAAUAUUAUACAACUGGGUCUCUGUGAACCGGAAACUUCAGAAGUGUAUCAGCAAGCCAAGCUGCAGGCCAAGCAGGAGGUCGAUGAUGGAAUGCUCUACCUGGAGUGGAUAAACAAAAAAGCCAUCAAGAAUCUCUCCCGCCUGGUUGUCCGCCCCCACACAGAUGCUGUUUACUGUGCUUGCUUUUCUGAGGACGGUCAGAAAAUAGCUUCCUGUGGAGCUGACAAAACCUUACAGGUGUUCAAAGCUGAAACAGGAGAGAAACUUCUAGAAAUCAAGGCUCAUGAAGAUGAAGUUCUUUGUUGUGCAUUCUCUACAGAUGGAAAAUUUAUAGCAACCUGUUCAGUGGACAGAAAAGUAAAGAUUUGGAAUUCUGUGACUGGGGAACUAGUACGUACUUACGAUGAGCACUCAGAGCAAGUCAACUGUUGCUGUUUCACCAACCACAGUCAGUACCUCCUCUUGGCCACUGGGUCAAACGACUUCUUCCUCAAACUCUGGGAUUUGAAUCAAAAUGAAUGCCGAAAUACGAUGUUUGGUCAUACCAAUUCAGUCAGUCACUGCAGAUUUUCCCCAGAUGAUAAACUGUUGUCUAGUUGUUCAGCUGAUGGAACAUUAAAGCUUUGGGAUGUGAAAUCAGCGAAUGAGAUGAAAAGCAUUAAUGUGAAGCAGUUUUUCCUAACCUCAGAGGACCCUCAAGACGAUAUGGAAGUAAUAGUGAAAUGUUGUGCGUGGUCUGCUGAUGGUUCUAGAAUAAUGGUGGCAGCAAAAAAUAAAAUCUUUUUUUUUGAUGUUCGUACCAGUGACCUAUUGGCAGAGAUCCAAACGGGCCGUCACAGCACCAUCCAAUACUGCGACUUCUCCCUCCACAACCACCUGGCAGUAGUGGCUCUGUCUCAGUACUGUGUGGAGUUGUGGAAUACGGAGUCAUGCUUAAAGGUGGCUGACUGCAGAGGACAUUUAAGUUGGGUUCAUGGUGUAACCUUUUCACCUGAUGGAUCAUCAUUCUUGACAUCUUCUGAUGACCAGACCAUCAGGGUCUGGGAAACAAAGAAGGUAUGUAAGAACUCUGCAAUAGUGUUAAAACAAGAAAUAGAUGUUGUUUUUCAAGAAAACAAAGUGAUGGUCCUUGCAGUGGAUGAUGUAAGACGUUUACAACUCAUUAAUGGAAGAACAGGUCAGAUUGAUUACCUGACUAAAGCUCACGUUAGCUGCUGCUGCUUAAGUCCACAUCUUCAGGAUGUUGCGCUUGGACAUGAAGAUGGAACCGUCAAGAUUUUAGAGCUUCCAAACAACAAAAUCUUCCAAUCCAGGAUUGGGCACAAGAAAGCUGUACAGCACAUCCGGUUCACAGUGGAUGGGAAGACUGUCAUUUCAAGUUCGGAUUCUGCGAUUCAGGUGUGGAAUCGGCAGUCAGAGGAAUAUGUCUUCCUACAAGCCCAUCAGGAAACUGUGACAGACUUUAGACUCCUGAAAAAGUCAAGACUGCUUUCUUGGUCAUUUGAUGGAACAGUUAAGGUAUGGAAUAUUAUUACUGGAAAAAUAGAGAAAGACUUUGUCUGCCACCAGGCUACAGUGCUUUCUUGUGCUGUUUCUUCCGACACUGCCAAGUUUUCUUCUACCUCGGCUGAUAAGACUGCAAAGAUUUGGAGUUUUGAACUCCUUACCCCUCUUCAUGAAUUGAGGGGCCACAGUGACUGCGUGCGCUGUUCUGCCUUUUCUGCGGACAGUUCCCUGCUGGCGACAGGAGAUGACAAGGGAGAGAUCAGGAUAUGGAAUGUUUCCAGUGGAGAGCUGCUUCACCUCUGUGCACCCAUCCCUGGAGAAGAGGGCGCUGCCACCCAUGGAGGCUGGGUGACCGACAUUUGCUUUUCUCCAGAUAGCAAAAUGCUCGUCUCUGCUGGAGGAUAUCUUAAGUGGUGGAAUGUUGUCACUGGGGAAUCCUUACAGACCUUCUAUACAAAUGGAACCAAUCUCAAGAAGAUACACGUGUCUCCUGACUUCAAAACAUAUGUGACUGUCGACAAUCUUGGUAUUUUAUAUGUUUUACAGGUUUUAGAGUAAAAUAGGUAAGCAUUAAUGUAAGUUGAACUCUUUAAUUUUGAAUUAGAAAAAAUUGUAGUGAAGCUAUGUUAUCAACUUUUUACAGAGCUGUGAAUUGUUUUGCAGUGUUGCAUUUAUUACAAAAAUGUUUGUUGUUGUAUGAAUGAUAUUAAUACACGUUUUCCCAGAUGGA